AUUGAUUUAAUUCCCACAGGUACCCCUCCAUUUAGACCUCUCUAUCCUAUAGUAGAGAAGGAGUGACAAGCACUCCCUGAAUUCAGAAAUGAGAUCUUACGAACAGGGAAGAUAGCAACAUCUACUUCCUCAUCCUCGGCCCGUAUACAUUUUGUACCAAAACCUGAUGAUGCUUUAAGAUUAGUGAUAAAUUACUGUGGACUAAACAAGAUCACGGUAAAGAAUCAAUAUCCGCUCCAGUUGAUGAAUGAAUUGCGAGGAAGGCUCUCGAAAGCUAGAGUGUAUAGCUUAAUAGACCUAAAAAAUAGAUAUUGGAGAAUCUGGAUGGCCGAAAGGAGAAGAGGAGAUACACACUUGCAUGAGGAACUCACCGCCUUGGGCAGUGAAAUGGGGUUACAUCACUUUCAGGUGAUGCCCUUUGGGCUAUGCACCGCUCCCCGCACCUUCCAGAGUAUGAUAAAGGACAUAUUUCGAAAUAUGCGGAGUGAAGGAGUAGUCGGUUAUAGGGACAACAUCAUGAUUUACUCUCUGAAGAUAGAGGAACAUGUCUUCCUGGUUAGGCGAGUAAUGGAAAGGCUAUGAAAGUAUCAACUAACUGCAAACAUAAAGAAGUCAUUCUCAGAUAAGAGUGAAAUUGAGUUCCUAGGUUACAGGAUAUCCUAAAAGGCGAUAUCUAUGACUAGGAAGAAGGUGGACACCAUCUGAGAUUGGAAACCACCAACUUGCGUCGUCUGAGUCCACAGUUUUAUGCGCUUCGCUAACUUCUAUAGAAGGUUCAUAGAAGGGUUUAGCAAGAUAGCGAAACCUUUAAUAGACCUUACUAAGAAUGAUGUCCGAUUUGAUUUGUCUCCUACUUGUAUGAAGGUUUUUCUUGAAUUGAAAAGGGCUUUCCCCUCAGGAUCAAUCCUAGCACACUUCGCUCCUGUCCGCCAGACUAAGCUGGAGACAGAUCCGAGUGUCUUUACAUUAGGUGCUAUUCUGUCUGAGUUCUGUCAAGAUGAGAAGUGGCACCCAGUGGACUUUCAUAGUAGAAAGUUCCACCCAGCUGAGAUCAAUUAUGAUGAACAUGACAAGGAAAUGACUGCCAUAGUCGCAGCAUUCAAGGAAUGGGAACAUCUAUUUAGGUCGGUAGAGGGUGAAAUCUGAGUUUAUAGCAAUCAUAAGAACUUAGAAUACUUUAAUAGUACUAAGACCCUCAACCACAGGCAGUAUUGCAGGACAGAAUUCCUGCAGCUGUUCAAUUUCAACGUAGCUUGCCCUGAAGGGAGGCUCAAUACAAAGGCUGAUGUACUGUCCAGGUUUGGCGACCAGCACCCUGAAGGAGGAAGUAAUUCUCUCUCAGAGACACCAAGGCCAUUUUCUCGCCACAGACAAUCGCUUGUCAGACAUGUGGGAGACCUCUUAUGUCCUUGUUCGUUGGCUGCCGGUAAAGGCUACCGGUUACAGUCAGCAUUCUUGGAUGCAUUACCUACUGCUGCGAGAAAGAAUCCCACCUGUAUGAGGGCCUUGAAGGCUAUGAUAGUGGGAGAGAAAGAAGUCGACCGAAAUCUGACUAUAGAAAGGGAUACUCUCCUAUACAAGAACUUGAUCAUCGAGAGAGAUCGCCUACUAUACAAGAAUAGGUGGUGCAUUCCUGACUCACUGGAUCUGAAGGAGAAGAUCAUGGAAACCAAACAUGACUCCCAUAUCGCGAAACCCUCUGGGACAUACAAGACAGUAGGCAGGGUUAGGAGUAACUUCGUUUGGCCCAAGAUGGAUGAGGCUAUUUCGGACUAUAUUCUUACAUGUGAUACCAGUCAACCAAACAAGUCCAUUAAGCAUAAGAAGUUUGCUUUGCUGGAACCAGUAGGAGUACUGUUGAGACUGUGGACAGACAUCUCAAUAGACUUCAUCGUAGCACUACCAGAAUCAGAGGGCUAUAUAAAAAUUGCCGUAAUCGUGGAC